CAGUUUCCCUUCCGCUCACAUCUGCCUGAGCAGUGGAGAAGGCGGCGGCUCUGGUGGGGCUGCUCCAGGCAUGCAGAUCCCGCAGGCGCCCUGGCCGGUCAUCUGGGCGGUGCUACAACUGGGCUGGCGGCCAGGAUGGUUCUUAGACUCCCCGGACAGGCCCUGGAACGCCCCCACCUUCUCCCCAGCCCUGCUCGUGGUGACCGAAGGCGACAAUGCCACCUUCACCUGCAGCUUCUCCAACGCAUCGGAGAGCUUCGUGCUGAACUGGUACCGCAUGAGCCCCAGCAACCAGACGGACAAGCUGGCUGCCUUCCCCGAGGACCGCAGCCAGCCCGGCCAGGACCACCGCUUCCGCGUCACACAGCUGCCCAACGGGCGCGACUUCCACAUGAGCGUGGUCAGGGCCCGGCACAAUGACAGCGGCACCUACCUCUGCGGGGCCAUCUCCCUGGCCCCCAAGGCACAGAUCAAAGAGAGCCUGCGGGCAGAGCUCAGGGUGACAGAGAGAAGGGCAGAAGUGCCCACAGCCCACCCCAGCCCCUCACCCAGGCCAGCCGGCCAGUUCCAAGCCCUGGUGGUUGGUGUCGUGGGCGGCCUGCUGGGCAGCCUGGUGCUGCUAGCCUGGGUCCUGGCCGUCAUCUGCUCCCGGACCACACGAGGGACCAUAGGAGCCAGGCGCACCGGCCAGCCCCUGAAGGAGGACCCCUCGGCCGUGCCUGUGUUCUCUGUGGACUAUGGGGAGCUGGAUUUCCAGUGGCGAGAGAAGACCCCGGAGCCCCCCGUGCCCUGUGUCCCUGAGCAGACGGAGUAUGCCACCAUCGUCUUUCCUAGUGGAAUGGGCACCUCGUCCCCCGCCCGCAGGGGCUCAGCCGACGGCCCUCGGAGUCCCCAGCCACUGAGGCCUGAGGAUGGACACUGCUCUUGGCCCCUCUGACCGGCUUCCUUGGCCACCGGUGUUCACAGACCCUCCACCAUGAGCCCAGCGCAGUGCCCUAGGAGAUGGAGUGGUGGGCGAUGUUUCAUCUAGGACAGCAAGAGAGAAGAUGCUCCCGGCAUAAACCUAGCCACAAAUGUGGGAAAGCUGCCGCAGAGGCUGAACUCAAAGGCACCCUGACCCUGGGCCCCAAAGAGGCGCCACAGCUGCAAACAUGCACGUUCUUCCGAUGCAAUUUGUAAAUUUAACACGACCCCAGUAAAAACCACAGUUCUGGAACUAUCAUGCUCAUAUGGAAAAAUUAACAAGCAAGUAACAGCCAAAAAAACCAUGAAAAGAAAGUGAAAGAGGACCAGCUUUAUGAGCUCAGGGGAAACUUACUGUAAUGAAAACAGGGUGGGAUAAGCACCAGAAGACACAGGAACAGGCCAGUCCCUGCGACCCAAAUCGGUGAGGGGGAAAAAGACUUUAACCAACUGCCCAGGGAUAGGGAUAGCCAUUUGGAAAGGUAUUAAGUUAGACUCAUAUGCACAAAUCCCAAAUGCAGCAGAGAGAGAAGCAUAAAAAAAGAACCCUGGCCGGGCACGGUGGCUCACGCCUGUAAUCCCAGCACUUUGGGAGGCCGAGGCAGGCGGACCACGAGGUCAGGAGAUCCAGACCAUCCUGGUUAACACGGUGAAACCCCAUCUCUACUAAAAAUACAAAAAAUUAGCUGGGCGUGGUGGCAGGCACCUGUAGUCCCAGCUACUUGGGAGGCUAAGGCAGGAGAAUGGCGUGAACCCGGGAGGCGGAGCUUGCAGUGAGCCGAGAUCGCGCCACUGCACUCCAGCCUGGGCGACAGAGCGAGACUCCGUCUCAAAAAAAAAAAAAAAAAGGAACCCUACAAGAAACAAGAAACCGUGGGUGCAUUCUUACAGUGUGGGAGGGGAAGGCAUUCCCAAUGAAUAAAGGACAUCAGGGAGCAAUUAAAGAAAAGACUGAUACACUGAACUCCAUAUAUUGGAAAACAAAAAACUUUAGCUUAGCAAAAAAAACAUAAACAAACUGAGGGAAAAUAUUUGCACCACCACAAAAGAGCGAAUAUGCCAGUCGUAGGAAGAUCUAAGAGUCUGGAAAAAGCAAGGGCAAAAGUACGCGAGAAAGUGGAGACAUAGCCCAACAGCUCAGAGAAAAUGUGUGUGUGUGAGCCUGUGUGUGCACGUGUCUACACGUGUGUGGACAUAUGUGCACAUACAAAUGUGUAUAUGUACAUACACGGGUAUGUGUGGGGUGUGUGUGUACAGGUGUGCGGAUGUGUGUAUCUACAAUAUACGUAUAUACGGCAGUGCAUGCGUGCAUAUACAUAUCCCUUAAACAAUGAAAGGAUGUUCAGUUUCUCUCAUAAUAACAAAAAUACAAGUUGAAACUACAUCCACCAGGCUGGCAGAGCUCUGACAACGGUGCGGCUGUUGCGAGGCUGCAGGGAGCAGGCCUGAGGGGCUGGCGGGGGAGCCGAGCUGGAGACGCACCCGUGCUGUCUGGUAAGCGCUGGGCACUUGCCCUUUGCCCCCUCAACCCCCUGUCCUCGUAGAAACACUUCCCAGAGGUCACCGGCAAACACGUGCAGACGCAGAGCCCACGAGCUCACGGCGCUGGCUCGGCAACGGCAAAGCCGUCCAAAGCCAGCCAGGGGCUUGAGCCCGCCCUGGAGUCUCCGUCAGCUGAGAGCCGAGGCCCAGGGCUCCCCAGAAAGUCAGGGCCCUCAAGACCAUGAGGGGACGCAAGCGCAGGACGGGACAACUCGCUGUCCCCAACUUGCCGUCGUGUGAAAAUGACAUGGCAGCAGUCUGAGCAUCAAACAAUGCCAAAUUAAAAUUAAAAACCUAAUUGAGGCUUGGCACGGUGGCACUUUGGGAGGCCGAGGCGGGAGGGUCGCUUGAGCCCAGGAGUUUGAGACCAGCCUGGGCCACAAACUGAGAUCCUGUCUCCACAAAAAAAAUUUUUAAAUUAGCCAGGUGCGGUGGUCCUAGCUCCCGGGGAGGCUGAGGCGGGAGGAUCCCUGGGGUCCCGGAGGUGGGGGCCGCAAUGAGCCACGAUGGUGCCCCUGACUCCAGCCUUGGCGACAGAGCAAGACCCUGUCAAAAAAAAAAAAAAGCCUAAUUGAUUGACACACUUUGAGUAUGUUUAAAAGAACAUGAGCUCAGAUCGAUACUCACAAAAAGAGACAAGGCGGGCGGGGAGGGAGGAAGCGGUCGCUGUCCCCGGCCGGGCGGGCGUCCGCGGUGGCGGCGGCUGAGAGAACGCGGCGCAGUCAGCACUUCGCCUCCCGCCUUCCCGUCAGGCCGCCCCGCGCCGCCGCGCACUCACUUUU